CAAAGAUGACGGACGAUGAUACUUGUGUAAUAAUAGAAAGUAGUUGAUCUGUGCCGUGACAGCUUGUCGAUCGGAAACUUACCGGGAAUGUUCAAAAAAAUACUAAAGGGUGAAUUACUGAAUGAUAACCUUCUCAUGUUCCAGCUGUAUUAAUGAAUCUCUACAAGCCAUGUUUGCACUUCUAUUUUUCACAAUGUUUUGUGUGCUUCACUAGGCUCUGUAAAUGCACAGUUUAUUCGACUGGCAAGUCUAAAUAUUCAGACAUUCAGUAAAAUAUGAAUUGAAUUUAUGUAUAUAUAGGAGUCAGUUUCAGGAUAAACUCGUCAGUUCUACCGUGUGGAUAGUAGACGGAAAUAUACUUAGGAUCCAUUAGUUUUUGCUCAUGGAACUGACGUAAAAUCACUGUAGCGAGUUUCGCAACAGCGCUUUGAGUACAAGCAAAAGCCAAUAGGAAUGGAAUGAAUUUGAGUUUUGAGUGUACGUGAACCCAACCCAAAAAUACCUUUUGAGCAUUUUGUUACUAUUUUGGAAUAAUUUUACCACCAAUCACACGAAGGGGUUGAAAUGCAGACCAUAAAAUGCGUGGUAGUUGGUGAUGGGGCCGUUGGUAAGACUUGUCUUUUGAUAAGUUAUACAACAAACAAAUUCCCUUCAGAAUAUGUGCCCACUGUAUUUGACAACUAUGCAGUUACUGUUAUGAUAGGAGGAGAACCAUAUACCUUAGGAUUAUUUGAUACUGCAGGACAAGAAGACUAUGACAGGUUGAGACCUUUGAGUUAUCCCCAAACAGAUGUGUUCUUGGUUUGUUUUUCUGUUGUUAGCCCAUCUUCUUUUGAAAACGUCAAGGAAAAGUGGGUACCCGAAAUAACGCAUCACUGUCAAAAGACGCCUUUUUUAUUGGUGGGGACCCAGGUUGAUCUUCGAGAUGAUGGAGCCACCAUAGAGAAGUUGGCUAAAAACAAACAGAAGCCGAUAUCUAUAGAACAAGGUGAAAAACUAGCAAAAGAACUAAAGGCAGUAAAGUACGUGGAAUGCUCUGCUUUAACACAAAAGGGUUUGAAAAAUGUCUUUGAUGAAGCUAUAUUGGCAGCUUUGGAGCCUCCAGAACCAGUGAAGCGCAAAAAAUGUUUUAUUUUGUAAAUCACGUUCAACUCUACCUUUCCUCCUGUUAUUUACGAUUUUUCAACGUAGCAUAUUUAUGGAAGUAUUAACUGGAAAAGGCAAAAUAUCAAAUGCAAUCACUUUAAGCGUUUUGCGUUUUUUUCGUAUACUACUUGAGGAACGGUCCAUUUACGAUUUAAGAUUUGGAAUUAAGAGUCUUUCUGUUUUGAUUGCUUGAGGUAAUUGAUAUUCUUCCAUGUUUUGAUUUAACAUUUCAAUAAGUUGAAGUAAGAAAUAAUACUAGGUAAUAAAAUGAUUUGAUUCCAUUUUUUUUUGAGAUAUCAAAUAUUGCAUUUCUUGUAUUAUCUGAACAAAGAAUGUUUAUAUCAUUAUACAGUUUUAACAUAUGUUUUAUUAUUUCUUAAUAAUUAGGUGCAUUUCGUAUUUAUUCUAGAUAAAAAAUACUGACAUUUGUAGAUAAGUGUAAUCUCUUUGAAAUGGAUUUUAAGAUUUUGUAAUAUAUUUUUUAUGCCGAAUCGG